AUGUCUCGAAUAGUGUCUUACUUGGUGAACCCUGAAGAAAAUCGUAUUCGAAGAUUCCUGUGGGGACUCCCCACAGAAUAUCGCACGUUUAUCAAGUCUACCAAACCAACUACCUAUCAUGAUGCGGUAGAGGCUGGGGCAACUAUCGCCACUGAGAUCCAACAAAAGAAAACCCCAGAAACUAUCCCGAAAAGGAAAUGGGAAAACUACCAAGAACAAAAGAAACCCAGUUACAGAGAUUUCAAGAGGCAACGAGGACCCCCACCUAGGUGCCCAACUUGUGGAAAAGGACAUUCCGGUCCAUGUAACCAGUUAGUCUGUAGAAACUGUAAGAAACCUGGACAUAACUAUCGUGAUUGUAGAGAGCCACGUAAGUGUUUUAAAUGUGGAGAGACGGGCCACUAUAGUGAUAGCUGUCCUAAGAGGAAUGAGGAACCUAAUAAAGCAAGAGGGAGAGCUUUUGUUCUGAAUACUGAAGAGGCUCGUAGGAACCCUGAUGUCAUAACAGGUACAUUUCUCCUUAACAACUUUUAUGCUAAAAUACUAUUUGAUACUGGUGCUGAUAGAAGUUUUAUAUCUGAGCACUUUAGAGUUUUGAUUAAUCAGACUCCUUGUAAGCUAGAUAAGCCAUUUAUAGUAGAACUAGCAGAUGGGAUGGAAGAAGAAAUUGUGAGUGUGGUAAAGGAUUGUACCAUCCAGAUUAGUAAGACCCCAAUAUCCAUAGACUUACUACCACUGAAACUUGGAGAGUUCGACGUAGUAAUAGGAAUGGAUUGGUUAUCUAGUCACCAAGCUCAAAUAUUGUGUGAUAAGAAGCAAAUUCAAAUUAAGGACCCAAAAGGGGGAACUGUAACAAUUGAUGGGGAAAGACCUGGUAAACCCAUAAGUUUUAUUUCCAUGAUAAAAGUAUCCAAGUGUAUUCAAAAGGGUCAUUUAGCGUACCUAGUAUAUGCACUAGAGGCAAAGGAAGAAAAGAAACUAGAAGAGGUAGCAGUAGUGGCUGAAUUCCCUGAAGUAUUCCCUGAAGAUCUUCCCGGAUUACCACCUGACAGACAAAUUGAGUUUAGAAUCGACUUGAUCCCAGGAGCAACCCCUAUUGUCAAAGCCCCGUACCGCCUUGCCCCGACUGAAAUGAAAGAGUUGAGAAACCAACUCUAG